AGACUAUACUAAGAGGUGGGAGUGACAUCUGCAUGAAUAGAUGAUCUUCAUGCAUGACCACGGGUUCAGAGACUAUUUUGGUUAUCUGCAGUGUUAACGGAGCUCUCACGUGCUGUCACGGGUCUAGACAAAAUUUAUUCAAUGGGGGAGGAGGUUCGAGAGAAGAACGGGAGACAAAAUUAUAGUACUAUCAUUUCCUUUUAUCUUCAAGAUCAUUGGUUGGUAAAACUACAGGAGACUUCCAAUGUAACAGGAUUAUCAUGCAAUCUCUAACCCCACUGUAAAAUAUAUGAAGGCACCAUCACAUCCUGAUAUGGCUACCAACAAUAAUAGUCAACAUCAUGUCCAAAUCAUCAUCUCGGUUCACCCCCUCCUUUCGCCUCCACAAACAACGAACAUCUAAUAGUACCUCCCCCUCAACCCAACCCACCCCAGAAACAAUAUCCGAUCCCGAUCCCCAACCCCAACCGCAGACCCAGACCCAGAUCAUGAACCCCAACAUUAACCUCACCAUCGAAACCAUCCACGCCCCCUCCACCACCCCGCCCAAACCAACCAGCAUCACAAUCUUCCUCGCCGGCAGCACUCCCCCUUCACCCACAACCACCAGCAAAGACUCAUCCAAUCCAAUCCGCAUCUCCUCCUUCUCCUCCUCUUCCUCCCGGCGAGACCACCAGCAACAACCACCCCCAACAUGGCGCGAUACCUUCUCCACCCACCUAGCCCACUACUUCCUCCCAAAGCCACAACUACAACCACACAACACCAACACCAAUACUACCCCCCAAACCCUCCAUCUAACAAUCCUCGACCCCUUUCGUCCAGACUGGGACAGUUCGUGGCGCGAAGACCCCUCUUUCCCGCCGUUCAAGGAACAGGUCUCGUGGGAGAUGGAGCAGCGGGAACGGGCUGAUAUUGUGCUGUUUCACUUUGAUCCUGCGAGUAUGGCGCCGAUCAGUUUGUUGGAGUUGGGGCUUUGUAUGCGGGAGCCUGGCAAGGUGGUGGUUGUUUGUCCGAGGGGGUAUUGGAAGAGUGGGAAUGUGAGGUUGGUUUGUGAGAGGUUUGGGGUGCAGUUGCCGGAGGGGUUGGAGGAGGGGGCGGGCGUUGUGGGGGAGUUGGUUGAGAGAAUUAGGGUUGGGAAGGAGAGGGAGAGGGAGAGUUGUUGAUUGUUGGAUGGUGGUGGGGGAGCUCUGGAAUGAAUUUGUGGAAUGGUUGUUAUUUGGCCUAGAGGCGUUGUUUGGGUAUUGACGACUAGAAUAGACCUUGAUAAUUAAAUCUGAUUUUGGUGAAUGGAUUUGCUGUGUCAUAGCCUGAUAUAUC